GAAAGGUGUUUCAUAUCAUUGUAGUGCAAAAGAUUGACUUAAUGAACUAAACAUUGUAUUAUUUUGUUUAUUUAAAGUAUAGCUAGAAAUAAACACAUAUAUUACGUUUAUUUCAUGCAGAAGUUUUAUUGAAUGGUGCGAAUAAAAUAUUUUUCCUUUGCAAAUACAUUUGGAUGUAGCGACAGUGCAUGAAAAGCAGUCGAAAAUAAGGAUAUUUUCGCUUCAAGUGUUCACAAUUGAGAAAUAGAGUCCACAAGUUUUGGAAUUCCUUGCACGAACUUGAUUUUGAGUUCCCUAAUUGAUAAAGACGUGGCCAAUGACGUAUUUGUAGUCUUGUCAAAUAGAGGUCUGCAAGCAUCGAAGACUAUGAUUGCAGUUUUAUUCUUUUGGUCAAUUUCAUAGAAGUAGCUGCAUCGUCGAUGAUAACUCGUCACAAUGGUUGUUAGUGAAGCUAGUAUUCACAAUAUUAUGGGGGGUAUGGAGAGCACGGGAGGUGUACGGCUGCAUAAUCACAAAAGAAAAUUGAAACAGAGGUUUGACAUAAUAAAGAAACUAGGCCAAGGAACAUAUGGUAAAGUACAGUUAGGAAUUAACAAGGAGACUGGUCAAGAAGUAGCGAUUAAGACAAUAAAAAAAUGUAAAAUAGAAACAGAAGCUGAUCUCGUCAGAAUAAGAAGAGAGAUUCAAAUCAUGUCUAGUGUUCAACAUCCAAAUAUCAUUCAUAUUUACGAAGUUUUUGAAAACAGAGAUAAAAUGGUACUAGUCAUGGAGUACGCUGCUGGAGGGGAGCUGUACGAUUAUCUUAGUGAAAAGAAGGUUUUAACGGAAACAGAAGCACGAAGAAUAUUUCGACAAAUAAUAUCCGCAGUUUUUUAUUGUCACAAACACAACAUUUGCCACAGAGAUUUAAAACUCGAAAAUAUUCUCUUGGAUCAGAUUGGAAACGCUAAAAUAGCAGAUUUUGGUUUAUCGAACGUAUUUGAUGGACAAAGAUUGCUGAAUACAUUUUGUGGCAGUCCUCUUUAUGCAAGUCCCGAAAUAGUAAAAGGUACACCGUACCAUGGGCCUGAAGUUGAUUGUUGGAGCUUAGGUGUUCUGUUAUAUACACUGGUAUAUGGUGCCAUGCCGUUCGAUGGAUCUAAUUUUAAAAGACUAGUCAAGCAGAUCUCUCAUUCAGAUUACUUUGAACCACAAGUGCCGUCACCUGCAUCUUCCUUAAUUAAAGACAUGUUGGCCGUGUGUUCCACAAAAAGAUCUGAUAUAGGGAAGAUAUGUACUCAUUGGUGGGUAAAUGAAGGUUAUGAAAGAAAUUGUCUUGAUAUCGCUGAAGAUUUAGCCGCUCAAACACCAGUACGCCUCGAUUUACUACUUUCUCUAGUGCCUCAAUCGACACAUGUAGACCAUUUACUUGUGGGUGAAAAUCUAGCAGAUAGAGAUCUUACUGUAAAUGUAUCUUCAGAAAUUUUGAUACCAGCUAGAUCUUAUUCUGUCGGAGACUUCUUGGAGUUUAAGAGUAGUAGCUCAUAUAUUGAUGUUAGCAGAAUGGCAGAAAUAAAAUACAAAUCUACAGCUAACGGUGAUGCAAAACGAAAAUUAGAAAGCACAUCUUCGAUUGAUGAAACUGUUAUACUUGGCACAAAAAGAAAAGAAAUUUCUAAAAUAAACGUUGGUGAUUACGAGCAACAGGUUAGAGUGUGCGAAUCUGACUCCAGCAAUUUUUCAUCUAAAUUAACUCCAAUUACGCAAGAUGCUAUGGAUAUUGAUUCAAGCAAUUUUGCUACUAUUCCUAUGGAUCGAAAAUCAUAUGUGGAGACUGCAGAUAAUAUUUAUUCAAUGAGCGAAUUAAAGAAAAAGCCUUCAGUUAAAAAAGACAUGAAGGUACCUGUUCAGCUAGGAAUUGAGAAAACACUUAUGGAAAACAAAUCCAUAAAUAAUAAUAAAGAUUGUUUUUGUGAACAAAAGAAUUUUUUUAAAGAAAUACCAAAAUCAAUCACGAAGCCUUCAACGUUAUCUAGUCCAAAGAUGGCAAACAAAAGCGAUGUUGCUAAUGCAGUGGAUCAAAAUGUAACAUCUGAUUCAAGUAUAAAGAAAACUUCAAAAAAACUAGAGGAUCGCGGCACAACUGUUGGAAAUAAUAGUUCAAUAUCUUCUAUUAAAUGUGUGAAGAAAUUGAGGGACAAAUCUCAUUCUCUAGACUCUGAAUCACUUAAUGAAGUUCCGGAAUCCUUGGUGAAACCUGUGGAGCGCAGACGAUCGAAAAUUUUUGAAACGGCAGAAAAAUUUAACCUAAUGGGGUAUAGUAUAGAAAACGAGAAACCAAAAAAAAUCGUUAUUCCUGGUGUAAAUGUGGGAGGAACAAAGCGUGCCUUCGAAAGAAAAGCAAGUCUUUUUUCGACCACAUUACCUUCUUCAAAAGUAAAUAACUCAAAUAUGGUUAACCACGUCUCUACAGACAAAACCCCACAAAAAAAUGUACAUAAUGUAAGUAAUUAUGUGAAAUUGAAUAACGAUGAAAGUGAAAAUAAAAAUUCUGUUGAUACUAUUAAUGAAUCGAUUGAAAAUAAUCCUAUAAAUAGUUGUGAUUCCAAUUCGAAAUUGAAUUUAGUAUUACAAGUUGAACAUAAUGAUGCGAAAUGUGUCACACCACCGGUUUCUACGCCGACAGAAAAAAAAUGUACUUCUGAAACAAAACAAGACUUUCAAUCGAAAUUGACUACAGAAACUUUUGAAUCGAUAAAAUAUGAUAAUGCAUUAUCUGAGCAAGCAAAAAAGAGUAGUAAAAUGGAAAUAACUUUGAAAACUGCGACUAAAAUAAACCCUACAACACUCCAGGGAACCGAAAUCAUAUUAAGUGACAUAAAAUCUCCGGAAAGUCUUAUUUUCAAGACUGAAGUUGAAACAAAAAUAGAUGGAACUCAUCCACGAAGAACUCAAACCCAACGUUCGGAGGUGGCUUUUCCUAUUAACGCUGCUUUCCCACAAAUUAACAACAGCGUUAGUUGCAGACACAAAAAAGAAUAUUCAAUUGAUGUACAUGAGAGAAUUCUACCCAUUCUGGUAGAUCAUAAAUACGAACGAUCAGAAGAAAGAAGAAUAGCUCCAAUAUCUCCAGUUGCUCAAUCUUCAAAACAGUGCAACCGCCAGCUUACUCUCGAGUCUGACGUCGAAAAUAGAUCAAAAUCAACAGUCAGGUCAGAAGCAAUUAGAAAAAGCCCUAGGGAAUAUAUCAUUCCUAUUUCAGUAGAAGGUGGUAACUAUGUUACACCUCAGUCAAGGAAUACAGACUUGCAAUACAAGGAUAGUACAUUAAAUUUGUCGAUAUCCAGGUUUGGAAAAACGAGAAGAAUGAGUUCACUAUUAUCUGAUGCUAGCGAAGAUGAUGAAUCUCCGUUUUUUUCACUAAGCAGAGAUGGUGACGAUAUUUUACAACGACAUAUGCAUCGCUUGAGAAGCUCUCGGCCGAGAAGACAGGCAUCUGAUAUGGUCGAUAGUUUGUCAUCUGGAGAAGACGACGACGAUGGCUUUGAACUUCUAACUGCAGAAAAUUUAUUUUCCACGUUAUUAUCCCGAGUCAGAAGUCUAACACAAAGACUAAAUGUUGAAGAUAAUAAAAACAACGUUUUCCCUAGCUCUAAACUACUCGGGCGGCUUGGGAAUAAUUCGCCACAAUCUUUUUGGAGUUCGCAUAAACCAAUAUCAGGGCGCACCUCAAAAUUUGAAUUUAAACAUACACCGAGCAAUAAUAUGGAUGAACUCAGUCAUAAAAAUUCUUUUGAAGCUGAAAGCAUUAAUGCUGCCGAUAAUCCAGAAAAGAAACAUGAGGCUUUAUUCAGAGGAAAUAUUUACAAUGCCAGAAGUAACAGUUUGCCAAGAGGAAACAUUCAUCACAAUGGCAUUAUAAGAGAGGAAGCGCAUUUUGGAAAAGAUUCUACCGAACCUUUGAAGCACAGUUUUACACCAAGUUUGACUUGCCGCUUAAAUAACAAAUACGUUGAGGAGACCAAGAUCUAUUUAUCUGGUUCGUCAUCUAUUCUACGUGAUUUGAAUACAUCGUCUGUGAAAUUCGAACGUGAGAAAAGGAAUCUCAGAAGAAGCAGUAGUUUAUUGACGCCAAGAGAUGGUUCGUUUGGGUCUUCUCUUACUCCGUUUAGAAAUAUUAACAAUCUCAUAAACGUUGAUCCUAAAGAAAUUCUAUUUCCUCCAAAGUGGCUAAAAAUAGUAAAAGAAACUGUUCAUAAUUAUAAUGCUAAAAAAACUCAAGAAAUUCCGGUUAUGAAUUCUUGGAAUAAUGAUGCAGAAGCUAAAUUAUUAUCUGAACGGUCUUCACUUGCAGAUUAUGAUUCAAGAACGAAUUUGCAAGAGUCUGCAUCUAGUCGUUCGAUACUUUCCUACGAAUCUUCACCAACUAACUCGUUUUCAAAUUUGAUAGAUCAUGGUUUAUAUUAUAAAUCACAAACUUCUAAAAAUUUCGGGAUAAGAUUACUAAUGGCGGAAAGCUUAAUUAAAGCCUCAAAAUUGAAGAAUAUCGGUCAUUUAAAUUUUGAGCCAAAUUUAAAUCUGAAACACGAUAAUGAAAAAACAGAGGAAAACCAAUAUUUUGAUGUUAUUUCUGGCCCGAAGAAUUUCAGGAUCGCUGAACGAAGUAGUAGCAUUUUUAGCCUGCGACUAAAAUCGAGUUCUUUAAAUAGAGAAUAUGUGUCUGAUAAAAAUAGAACAUCAUUUACUGGUUCACAGAACACCUUAAGUGUAAUCAUUCCACUAUCGGGAAGGUCCGAUCGAAGUAAAUUUAAUAGAUUUGGCUGUUACCAAGAACAUCUUAAAAAUGAACUUAAAGAAGAAAAAGGACAACGUCGCAUUUCCAGAUUUUUGAGACCAGACUUUUUCGAUACACCAAGGGAAGAGAGCCAAUAUUUUAAAGAGAAGGAGACUCAAAAAGCAUUACAGAAUGAACGAAAAAAGUCGAUAUUAAUAAAGAGAAGAGAGCAUAAGGCAUUUAAGAAAAGUGAAAACAUGCCAUCCCUGAAAAAUGAAUUAAAUUCGAUUAUAAAAGAGGAAUGGGGAUCUUUAUCAGAUGAUGAAGCUACUAAUUUCGAACCGGAAUUGCAGGAAAGCAACUUGCGUGGAACUAGUGAUGGCCAAAUAGAAGAAAUCACGCGUUCUACGGAAGGCAUUUUAACUCUUCCUAGAACAUCAGAUGAAGCUGAUACGCGAUUCCGAAGUAAAAUACCAAUGAAGUUAAAAAAAUGUGAAUCAAACAACGUUAAGCUAUUUGCAAAAAGCAAAAAGUCGACUAAAAAAAACGUAGAUGAUCUAGGACAGUCUUUGCUACAGAUAUUAAAAAAGAAGGAGAAUCAAUCAAAUCUAUUGCAAAGAUCCAGAAUGGAAGUAAAAAAGUCUUUAGAAAACUGUUCCAAAUUUGUUAAAAUGUAUGGUCUUGAGAAAACGAAAACUAUAAAACAAAAAAAAACAGAUGAAAUUCUUAAAAGUAAUAAAGCAGAAAAGUUAACAGAUAAAAUUAAAAUUACAGAAAAAACUAUAACGAAAAAUAUCGAUCUACUUGAAAAAACAGCUUCAAAAACUCCACCUGAAAAGAAGCCUUUACUUAGAAUAUCAGAAAAGAUUGAUUAUACAUUAGAAGCAAGAAGUAAUAGGUAUGUUAAAAAGGUAUGUGUUCUACCAUUGUUAUCGAAAACUAAUUUAGCAACAAAAAAGUGUUCUGAUAAAGUGGGGGGAAAAUUGCCGAAACAAACAAAAAUGCACGAAAUUAAAGAAAAAGAGAAUGAUGAAAGUACUAAAAAUAAAAAAAUUGCGUGUGUGGUAAAGAAAGCUGAGAACAUAUCAAUAGAUAAAUUUGUUCAAUUAUCCGAGAAGGCAAAACAAUCUUUAGAAACUGAACACAAAGAUGUUAAUGACAUGUUAGUGGAAACCAGCGCACUAAUGUUUAAAAAUAUAGAAUGCAAUAAUAUUGAAAAUAAAAGUACACAAUUAGGUUCUUCGCUGCGGAAAUCGGAAGAAAAGUUCAAUAACACUACAAUACCAAGAAAUAUUUGUUCCUACCUUAAGCCCACAAAUUCAAAAGAGACUAGUGUCCUCAACUUUGAAAAUGCUGAACUAAUACCUACUAAUGAUGGCAUACAAGUAGUUGUCAAGAGUAACAGUACACAGUCCUUAAAAACUUUUAAAGAAUCUGAAGAAUACGAGAUAUGUGAUAAUUUAGUAAUAAAUGAUUUGAAGAAAUUUUAUGAAAUGAAUUCUGAGAAGCGAAUAUACUCUUUGAUUAAUGUAUUGGGUGCAUGUUCUAAUCAAACUCUUUUCUUAGAUGAAGCUGCAGAACAAAGUUCUUCUCCAUUGCCUGAAAGUUCCUCAAUUUUGUUAGAUCAACCAAAGCAAGAGUCUAUAACUGAUAGAAUCAGAAGGAAAAGCUUUUAUUCUAGAUUUAACGAUCGAAAGCGAAAAACACCUCGAACUGCAUUGUCAUCAAGGACGGCUUAUUUGUCAAGCAUGACAUUACCAAGAAACUUCAGUUUUACUAGUUCCAAAAAUAAAGAUCUAAUUAAAACAGAUAACUACGUAGAAGAUAAUAUACUGCCUAAUAAAAGACGAUAUAGCUUGUAUAAUAAUACCUUGUCUAGCAAAAACUUUUCUGCAGGACGAAACAGGAAUUUUACUUGCUCUGUUACUACUAUACCCUCAUCUGACUCAAUCCACAAUCAUAUCAGAUGUAAGUCCAUUGGUACGUCAAAUAAUCAGAAAAAGUAUCAAAGCUUAGAUUUUGGACUAAAUAAAGAAGUUUCAGUUGACGGAUGCAAUAUAAUGACUUAUCGGAUAGAUAGAAGUACCGAAUUAUACAUGAUAGAACGUAAUGCUAAAAUACUAGUAUCCAAUAGUUUUGAGUAUUGGGCAUCACCUUCUAUUUCUGAAAAAAAUAUCGGCCGUCGAUGUUGCAGCUGCAAUUUAAAAACUGGAAGUAGCGUCGAUUUUUUUCAGUCAUAAGAAGAGGAUCAUCAAAUACAUCCCUGUUUGGCUGAUUCAACUACAUAUAGCGAUGGAAAUUCUGAAAAAUAAUCAAGUGUGCCGCAAAAGUACCAUUCGGAAUGGCGAAUUGCGAGAGCUAGUGACAAUAAUGUGAGGCAAAAAAGGAGUGGACUUGAUGUAUUACAGAUGAGAUAGUAAAUCUGUUUUUCAAAAGUGGCAUUAACCUCUCUAUGCACCUUACGAUGUGCGGAUGAUCCUUUCAGCGUUCCCACAUACAGAUGAAAAGUCAAUAGGAGGUUAAAUCAAAAGCUUUCCGGUAACCAAUCUAGGCCAUCGGUAGGUAGCGCUGCUAGGAAGAUGCGUCUUUGCAGGCACAUCUAUCGAUAAGCAGAUUCUCCCGGCAUCCUGAUAUACCUUAAUUUGAGGCGCGAUGUUCGUACAUUUCGUGCCACAGAUGUCCGAUUGUUCGCACAAUCCUAUCAUUUAGGAUAAAUGUGAAGAUCUUUUACAGUGUGUUCAGAUAAGUCAUUGAUACGUAACUGUUUGGAUAAGCUAAGUUGCCCAUCUAUAUUAGAGUACUAAGCGCCUAUCCACCAACCACUCCGGAAUAGGCUCUUCCAACUUCUGAUAUUAGGUGAUAAUGAGUUUAAGUUCGCAAUUUUGCACGAGGUUCCAAAGUGAACUAUUUUGUCAUAAAUUUAACAUUUUUUUAGAAAUAACACUUCU